AUGAGACCCACCAAUAUCUUGGCCGCCGUUAGCGCCGUCGCAUCCGUCGUCGGAGCAGUAGACCUCACUGGCUACGAAUAUGUCGUUGUCGGAUCAGGAGCCGGUGGUGGUCCUCUCGCCGCUCGGCUCGCCCUAGCUGGACAUAAGACACUGCUCAUCGACGCAGGUGACGACCAAGGCCAGAGCCUUAACUACACAGUACCAGCUUACUCAGCGAGGGCGUCUGAGGACGAAGACAUUGCCUGGAACUUCUUUGUCAGACACUAUGCCGAUGACAAGAGACAAGCCCAAGACUACAAAACGACCUAUGAAACACCUGAUGGCGGCGAAUACACCGGCCUCGAUCCGCCUAAGGGCUCCACUAUCAAGGGAACCUUAUAUCCUCGAACCGCCACGAUAGGUGGCUGUACUGCUCAUAACGCUCUCAUUGCGCUCUAUCCAUGGAAGAGUGAUUUUGAGUAUAUCGCAAGCCUGACAGGUGAUACUUCCUGGUCUGCUGAUAAUAUGCGCAAAUAUUUUGUCCGUCUUGAAGAUAAUAACUACCUCUUGCCUGGAAAGCCCGGCCACGGUUAUAAUGGCUGGCUAAGCACAGAAACUGCCCCGCUCAGCAUUGCCCUUCAAGAUCCUCAGCUAUUAAGCUUGAUUACUGGAGGAGCAUUUGCCCUUGGCAACCUGACUGACAACAUCAUCAACGUGGCAACUCUGCUUGCUGGAGACGCCAACGCUGAUACAGACGGCCGAGAUGCAAAAGGAGGAUUCUUCCAGGCCCCCAUUCACUCAAAGAAUGGUAUUCGAGUUGGCCCCCGAGAGUUUAUCCUCGCGGUACGCGAUGCAAAGGAUUCAAAAGGAAACAAAAAGUAUCCUUUGGACGUGCGUAUGAACUGCCACGUCACAAAGGUCGUCUUUGACGAGUCUGAGGAUCCUCCCCGUGCCACAGGUGUUGAGUUUCUGGACGGCAGGGGUAUUUACAAAGCAAGCCCCCUGUCACGAUCUGCCGGUGCCGGUAAGCCCGGUUCCGCUACAGCUUCACGCGAGGUCAUUGUUGCAGGAGGAACAUACAACUCUCCUCAGAUUCUCAAGCUUAGCGGAAUCGGUCCUGCGGAUGAAUUGAAGAAAUUCAACAUCCCCGUGAUAUCAGACCUCCCCGGUGUAGGCACCAAUCUUCAGGACCAUUACGAGAUCGUGGUUCAAUCGCGCAUUCCAAAGAACUUCAGUGCCCUGCAUGGCUGCACAUUCGAUGGUGGGCCAGACGAUAAAUGCUUGGACCAGUGGCAAAAGCCUCUUCUUGGCUUAACAGCUAACAAGGGGACGUAUACCUCUUCUGGCUUGCCUGUUGCAAUGCUGUAUAAGAGCACUGCCGCCGACAGAGGAGAUUGGGAUAUCUUCGCCUUUGGAGGUCCUGUCAACUUCCGCGGCUACUUUCCCAACUACAGCUAUAACGCUACAGCUGAGCAUGACAUCUUUUCUUGGGCCAUUCUCAAGGGCCAGCCGCGAAACCAUGCUGGAACUGUUACAUUGAAGUCCGAUGAUCCGCUAGACGUCCCGGAAAUUGUUUACAAUUAUUUUGAUACUGGCGAUGACGGAUACGAAAAGGAUAUCCAAGCUUUGGCAGAGGCAGUAGACCUCACCAGAGAUGCAUUUGGCCGGCAAAUUAUUCCGACCAAGGAAGUUCUCCCAGGAGCUUCAGUUAGUACAAAAGGUGAAGUCGAGGAUUAUAUCAAGAACACAGCUUGGGGACAUCAUGCUAGCUGUACAUGCCCUAUCGGUGCUGUUGACGAUGAAAUGGCCGUCUUGGACUCAAAGUUUCGAGUACGAGGUGUCAAGGGACUGCGUGUAGUGGAUGCUUCUGUGUAUCCGAGAAUUCCUGGAACCUUUACAGCUGUUUCGACCUUUAUUGUUGCUGAGAAGGCUGCGGAUGAUAUCUUGAGCGGUCUGUCGGGCUUAUCCUAG